AUGAGCAUGCAUAUAGAGAAUCAGAGCCAUUCAACCAGUACUGCCUGGGGCCCCAUGAGAGUGGCCAACAAUGUCACUGAGUUUAUAUUCCUGGGACUUUGCCAAGAUUCUGGAAUGCAAUUGAUGUUCUUUGCCUUAUUUCUCCUCUUCUACAUCGUGAUCAUGGUGGGAAAUUUGCUCAUUUUGCUUAUGGUUUUUUCUGACCCCCGAUUACACACACCCAUGUAUUUCUUCCUCGGCAACUUGUCUUUUGUGGACAUUGCCUAUUCCUCAGCCACAGCACCCAAGAUGAUGGCAGACUUUGUUUCUGAGAAAAAGACUAUUUCCUACUGGGGCUGCAUAACUCAGAUGUUUACCUUCCACUUUUUUGGUUGUGCUGAGAUUUUUGUUUUAACCGUCAUGGCUUUUGAUCGUUAUGCUGCUAUCUGCCAACCCCUCCGUUAUGCUGCCAUCAUGAGUGCUAAUGCUUGUACUGUGCUGGCAUCACUGUCCUGGUUGGGAGCCCUGGGUCAUUCCUUUGUUCAGACCCUCCUGACCUUCCAGCUGCCCUUCUGUAAUGCCCAGAUUAUCGACCACUACUUUUGUGAUGUCCACCCAGUCCUAAAACUUGCCUGUGCUGAUACAACCCUGGUAAACAUGUUGGUAGUUGCCAAUAGUGGUCUCAUCUCCCUGGGGUGUUUCCUCAUUCUUUUGGUCUCCUACAUAGUCAUUCUGUUUAGUCUUCGAAAACAGUCUGCAGAGAGCCGACGGAAGGCUCUCUCUACCUGUGGGUCUCAUCUGACUGUAGUGACUUUCUUCUUUGUUCCGUGUAUCUUUAUUUAUCUCCGCCCAUCCACUACUUUCCCUUUGGAUAAAGCUGUGUCUGUGUUCUAUACCACCAUCACCCCAAUGCUGAACCCACUCAUCUAUACACUGAGGAAUAAAGAUGUAAAGAAUGCCAUGAGCCGUCUGUGGAAUAGCAAGAUCUCGUUGGAGGAAAAGCAGAAAGAAUAG